AUGGAUGCUGACGACCCUAGAAGACCUUUGUUGGGAAAUGCCCAAGCGACAAGCAGACUACGGCGAAUAGCCAUCAAGCUAUGCAGUACAGAGUCAUGGAAGAGAAGGCUACCCAUCACAAUAUGGCUGCCCAAAUACAGCUUCGAAUAUUUACUACGAGACGCCAUAGCAGGUAUCACAGUGGGUCUGACCUCAAUACCACAGGGCAUCGCAUAUGCUAUGGUCGCUGGCUUGCCUCCACAGGUGGGCCUCUACUCCAGCAUAUUCCCCGGCCUCAUGUACAUGCUGUUCGGAAGCUGCAAGGAUGUCACAGUUGGUCCCACCGCUAUCCUAGCAGCAUUGCUUGCCAAAUACGUCGCCAAGUCAGCUGACUUCGCAUAUCUGGCUGCUUUUCUAUCAGGAUGCUUUAUACUUCUUCUUGGGAUACUACAAUUAGGUUUUCUUCUUGACUUUAUAUCAAAACCAGUGAUUAGUGGGUUCACGACGGCAGCCGCCUUACAGAUUAGCGCAUCACAGCUCAAGUCUUUGUUUAGGAUAUCAGGUUCAUCAGGCAACACAUUCUUCGAUGCCCUUAUAAACUUCUUUGAAAACAUCAAGACAGUACAGUUAUGGGACACAGUGUUAGGAAUCAGCACCAUUAUUGCCUUACUCCUACUCAAACGGGCUACGAUCAAAGUAUCAGACACGGCGACGCCAUGUGCCACCCGGAUGGCGGCGUGCUGGCUCAAUGUAGUGCGUGCACGGAACGCGCUCGUGGUUUUCGCAGCCGCCAUACUUGCUUUUGUUCUCAAUUUAAAAGGCAUUACGCCCUUUGCACUUACAGGUACAAUUCAGGGUGGUCUGCCCAAAUUCGGGCCACCUCCAUUCAGCACGGUGGUCAAUAACCAGACACUUAACUUCGAGGAUAUGUUGACCGUUUUCGGAGGAGAAGGAAUUGUGAUGCCACUCGUUGCUAUACUGGAGAGCAUAGCUAUUGCUAAGGCAUUUGCGGGCAGUACAACAGUGGACGCGACGCAGGAGAUGCUGGCCAUCGGCAUGUGUAACGUGGUGUCGUCCUUCGCGCAGAGCAUGCCUUCCACGGGCUCCUUCACUCGCACUGCACUCAACCACGCCAGUGGAGUUGUUACUCCUGCUGGAUGCUUUUUCAAAGCCAUGUUAGUGUUACUAGCUGUGACGCUAUUAGCUGAUGCCUUCUACUUCAUCCCGCGCGCGACGUUGGCCGGUAUUAUAAUCGUCGCCAUGUUUUCACUCAUGGAAGUCACCAUAAUUAAACAGUUAUGGCGGAAUAGUAAGCUGGAGCUGUGCGUGUACGCGGUGACGGUGGCGUGCGGCGCGGCGGCCGGGCUGGAGUACGGCAUCCUGUGCGGGGCCGCCGCCGACGCCGCGCGCGCGCUCGCACGGGCCGCGCGCCCGCCGCUGCGCGGGGCGCCCUUCAAGGACUGCGUAUCUGUCAGCUUGCCCGGCUGCCUGUCGUACGCGAGCGCGGAGCACGUACAACACAAGGUGCGCCGCCUGGUGCCGCCCGCCGCCGCCGUCGUCGUCGUGGACGCGCGGCAUCUGUAUGCUAUGGACUUAGGAGUCGCUGAGAAUUUAGUAUCUGUGAUAGUAGAUCUAGAGAAGGAAGGACACAGGUUCUUACUGUGGAACUUCAGACGGAGCCAUCAGCUGUUGAUGGAAGACCUCCACACAGGAUUUGAGGCUCGCUUCGUGGACGGACCCAGUAUUGAUCAGCAUAUUUUAAUUGGCAAUGGUCAAGCCGAUUUCAAGACUAAUAUUUCACGACUGUGA